AUGGCUUUAGAAGUUUCUAACCUCAAAAACGAGUCGAGUUCCAGCGAGGACAGCGAGGGCUACUUUGUUGAGGAGGAUAAGUGGUACGAAACUGUCACCGACCCUCCCCCUAAACAACCCAAGGAGAUGCGACUGAGCGAACUUUACAUAGAAAAGGUGCUGGACUCGAAAAAAAAUGAAGACACAAGCAAGAGUAGUGUGUUCCAGCUCAAGUUCCACGGUCUGUCGUACCACAAUCUGCGGUGGGUGACCCAGGAGGACCUCAUUAAAAACUUCAAGAGCGGCAAACAACGCGUGAGAAACUUCCUCGAGAAGGACUCAGGAUCGACCUUCUACGAGCCUGGCCAGGCCUUCAACCCUGCAUAUCUACACGUAGACCGUGUCAUCCAGCACCACCGACCCAAGGGUCUGUCGGGAAAGAUCUGGUACUUGGUUAAGUGGAAUGGUCUGGAUUACGAAAAGGCCACGUGGGAGUCCUCUACGGAUCUGCAAGACGCUGAUUCUCAGCAGGCCGUGAAGCUGUACCGUAAACGCAAUAUUGUAUCCAGGGUCAAGGUACAGGACCCCCUUGCCUACCGCAGCAAGAGCCCUGUCUACCAAGUGAUUGAGGAGUCGCCUAAGGACUUCCCGGAGCCCUACAAGCUGCUCGACUACCAAUUGGAGGGUCUGAACUGGAUGGUCUGGCAGUGGCACCAGAAUCGCAACUGUAUACUGGCGGAUGAGAUGGGGUUGGGUAAAACAGUACAGAGUGUGGCGUUUAUCCACCACCUACACGUGACCCUCAAAUUGGCCGGGCCGUUCCUAGUGGUGGCCCCUCUGUCGACUAUAGGCCACUGGCUGCGCGAGUUCGAAACAUGGACGGAUUUAAAUGUGGUGCUGAUCAAAGGAUCUUCAACCAACCGCAGAGUGAUCAAAGAAACGGAGCUUUUCCAUCGCCGCGACGGGAAAGUGGACAAGAAGCAGUACAAGUUCGAUGUGAUCCUGACGACGUACGAGUACGCGCUGCAGGAAUCGACGCUGCUCAAAGCCAUCCGGUUCACCACGUGCAUUCUCGACGAAGCCCACCGACUCAAGAACGUGGACUGCAAGCUUCAAAAUCAGCUGCGCGAGUACAAGUUCAUGCACCAGGUGUUGCUGACCGGUACCCCUCUGCAGAACAGUGUCAAUGAGAUCUGGGCCCUGUUGAACUAUAUGGAUGAGCCGCGCUUUCCGGAUUUGGAGGAUUUCCUGGAUGAUUUUGGAGACGUGAAAUCGGACACUGAUGUGAAGAAGCUGCAGGAUGUGCUGCAUAAAUAUAUGUUGCGACGCGAGAAACGGGAUGUCAAGAAGGAAAUCCCUCAGAAGAAAGAAACUAUUGUGCAGGUCGAACUGACGUCCAUUCAGAAGCGAUACUACCGAGCCAUUCUCGAACGUAACCUCAAGGUGCUAGCCCAAGGCACUUCUCUGCCGAACUUAAACAAUAUAUCCAUGGAGUUGCGGAAAUGCUGCAUCCACCCGUACUUGAUUACUGGCUGCGAGGAUAGCGUUGUUCUCGAAGAAAAGUGCGACACGCCUGAAAAGAGGGAUCAAGCGUUGAUCCACGCAUCAGGCAAGAUGGUACUAGUUGACAAGCUGCUGAAGAAAUUGAAGGCCGGUGGACACAAGGUUCUCAUUUUCUCACAGAUGACGAAAUGCCUAGAUAUUCUCCAGGAUUAUCUUGAAGCUGCUAACUACAACUUCGAACGACUUGACGGUAAUACCGGAGGCGAAGCGAGACAGCAAGCCAUCGACCGUUACUCUAGGAAGGAUUCGGACGGGUUUGUGUUCCUGCUGUCGACCAAGGCUGGCGGUGUGGGUAUCAAUCUGACAGCUGCCGAUACGGUGAUCAUCUACGACAGCGACUGGAAUCCGCAGAACGACGUCCAGGCACAAGCGCGCGUGCAUCGCAUUGGGCAGAAGUCCAAGGUGGAGAUCUAUCGUCUCAUCACACACAACACCUAUGAGGAGGAGAUGUUCAAGAAAGCGAGUAUGAAACUGGGGCUGGAACAGGCCGUUAUGGGCAAUAUGAGCAAAGAUUCCAAGCCUGGCUUGUCGAACAAGAAAAUGAUUGAGGAAUUGGUGAAGAAGGGUGCGUACGGUACCCUGAUGGACGAAAAUGACACCGAAGGUAACAAGUUCUCUGCGGAAACAAUUGACGAGAUCUUGGAAAAACGUGCCACAGUGGUUGUGAUGGAGGAUGAUACUGAACAAGGAGCCUCUUCUUUCGCUAAGGCUAGAUUCGAAGUCAAAGACACCAUUUCAGAUCUCAAUGUCGAUGAUCCUGAAUUCUGGACCAAAUGGGCGCAGCGACAGAACAUGGAUAUCAACAAGCUGAUGAAGGAAAGUGAGGAUGAGAAUAUUGUGUAUGGCGCACGCAAACGCAAAAAGCCAACGUACUACCAAAUGACCCAUGCACCCGGGUCUGCCAAAGCUAAGAGAGGAGCCUCGAGGUAUGCCAGAUUGCUGUGGAUGUUCGAUUGA